AUGCCUUUACCGCAUGAACUGAUCACGUGUUCAACAUUGACAUCAUGGGAGGAGCUACAGUCUCUCGUAAUGCGAUGUAAACGAAGUUCUGAAUUCAAACACGUGCAAAGGUCAUUAUUUUGUAUAGCAAAUAUAGAACAAAUUUCAGCAGAUUUGCAGUCAAAACUAAUUCAAGAGUUAGUACCGAUUGUGAAACACAUGCAGGGUCGUCUUGCGAUUAUAUGCCGAUUAAACAGUUUACACCCGUUUGUACAGAAACUUUCUGAGCACGAAGUCCAACUCGAACUGCUGACAACGGCAGACAUGUCGAAAUUGUUUAGAGAAAAGUACAAAGAUAUAAAGACAUUCACUUCCUCUAUAGCUGGACAAGGAAAGACAGCGUCAAUUGUGGAAAAGGCCAUGCGGACCCAUAGAAAGUGUAUUCGCACACUCCACAUAAGUGGAAAAUUUAAUGAAAAGCAUACCCUUAUACGACUAAACAAGUUACGCAUCCAAUCAUGGCAAAUUCUUCACAUCGAUAUCGGCGUCACCAGUAACGUUGACGAACUCGAUCAAUUUAUCUUUAGACUAGUGGCUCUAAAGUAUGCUUCAGUAGAAUCGACAGCAUUCUUUCUAUCUUCAACAAUUGUUUAUAUAGAAAUAGCGUCUUCAAAUGAUAAAUUAUUUAAAUCAGGCCUUCGAGCGACAAUGAUGUUUGAUGAAAUCCAUCUGAAGGAUCCAAUAUCGCGUUUGGCCAUUAGUGAAGAACCAUACAGUCCUAUUCAAGUGGUUUCACAUUAUUUAAAGCGUUUAGAAGAAGGAACAAUCAAUCAUGAAGAUUUCAUUUUCCAUCAAAUGCCUGUUGAAGAUGAGCUUUGUAGAAAACUGCUGCGGAAAUAUAUUACUCAAUGUCGGAAUAUGUCUUUCAGCCAGAUUCAGGUGUUCGUUUGUAUACUAGCGGACCAGUUAAAGCGAUUUACAUUAAGCAAUUUCUUCAAAGUUGAUAUCCUCAAAGUGAUGUCGAAGGAAGGUAAUGAUAACAGUGUAAGAUCAUCAAUUUUAGAAACUAUCAUCCAAAUGGCAAAUGAUAUCGCUGCUAGACCUGUGCAGCUUUCUGAGAAUACCCACACAGAAGUUAAUUUUGAGAUAGAAAGUUGCGAAUUUGGGCAUCUGUGCAAAACGUCAUUGAUCAGAGUCCUCGCAAACGCAUGCCGUGUUCCAUGUCGAGUAGUUCGGUUACACGCUGGAAUUAGUGAAAACGAUAUAUUGCAUUUUCUGACGGAGGAAAACAGUGAAUGUAAAAAGAAUCCUUUCGAACAAAGGUGGCUCUUUAUUGAUGAAAUAAAUACGAAUGAAUGCAUCGGAGUUAUCUCCGAUUUAAUAAGCCACGGAAUGAUUUAUGGAGAAUUAAUCGCUCCAAACUUAAAGACAGUAGGUGCGUGUAACCCAUAUAAGCAACGUAUUACUCUACCAUCUGAAGCAGGUGGUAUCAACACAAAACUACAAAAUGAUCCGCUGUCAUAUUUAGAAUAUAGGGUUGUGCCUUUGCCCGAGUCAGUUUUACAGUAUGUUUGGGAUUUCGGAAGUUUGACAGAGAAAGACGAACAUGAAUAUAUUCAUGCAAUGGUUUAUAAAUUGUGCAUGGAAUCUCAACUUAAGGAAAGCAUUGUUGCUGCCAUUACGAGAUCUCAAGUAUUUAUAAAAUCAAGCAAAGAAUACACAUCCACUGUAAGCCUCCGUGAUGUGAAUAGAUGUUUAAAGCUGAUACAAUGGUUUUACGAACUGCAACAACGAUUGGGUAAAAGCAAAGAUGAAGUUGAAGCAGUAAUUUUAGCAAUGGUUUUAACAUAUCAGAUGCGAUUUCGUGACAAAUGCCUUAGGAAGAAGUACGAAGAAGUGAUUGCAAAUGCAUUUUCUAUCUCUGGAGCGAAGGUUGCAGAAAUAAUUCGGAUGGCUCAAAAUGCUAUUGUUUCCAAAAUGGAAUUUCCUGAAGGCACUGCGAUUAAUUCCGUUCUACGCGAUAACAUAUUUGUUUUACUAGUAUGCAUCAUUAACAAAAUACCUGUCAUGCUAGUUGGAAAGCCUGGAAGUUCCAAGUCGCUGUCUAUUCAAAUAAUUCAAAAUAAUUUAAGAGGUUUAGAUUCAAAACAAAGCCUGUUUCGAAAGUAUCCCUGUUUGAUUUGUGUUCCUUACCAAGGUAGCGAGACAGCAACAUCUGAUGGAAUAGAAGAAGUGUUUGAGAAAGCAAUAAGACGACAACACUCUGAAAAAGACGUUCUUGCUGUUGUGAUUUUAGACGAAAUCGGGUUAUCUGAAGUAUCCCCGUUUAACCCACUUAAGGUUCUUCAUUCUCGCCUUGAGCCAUACGAAGGAGGAAAUCCAGAGGUUGCCGUAGUCGGAUUAUCUAAUUGGGCACUUGAUGCAGCAAAAAUGAAUAGGGCAAUUCAUAUCUACAUCCCAGAAAUGGAUGAGGAUGAACUCACUUCAACUGCACGUGAAUUACGAAAGUCAAUUCCAAAUUGCACUGAAUUAAGUCAAGAAGAAGAAAACGACUUUAAGAAAGUUGCCAAAGCAUACUUGAGAUACACGACAGAAGUAGUCAACAAUGGAAACCAUAUGUAUGGUCUUCGUGAUUUUUAUUCCUUGGUUAAACAUGUAGUAAGAAACCAAGCAAUAAAAGGCCAAGAAAAAAGAGAUCAAACGGAAGUUAUGCUAGAGGGACUUCAAAGGAAUUUCAAUGGAAUGCCAGAAGGCAACAUUUUCGUUAGAAUGUUCUUUCAAAAAGAUACAAUGCCUUUGAUUCCGAUUAAAGACCUUAUUAUCAGCAAUAUAAACGACCCAUUAGCAAGACACCUAAUGAUUAUUUCCCGUGGAAACAUAAGUAUAAAUAUUGUUGAAAACAUAAUUGACAACAUUUUAAAAAGAAGAAAAGAAGUUAUAGUGGGAAGUUGCUUCAAAGAAGAUCAAAAUGACGAAUACUACUACAAAAUGUUGAGUAGAAUUAUAUUUUGCAUGGAACAAGGACAUGUAUUAAUUUUAAAGAAUCUGGACCCUCUAUAUGGAAGUUUAUAUGACAUGCUUAAUCAAAGAUAUACGAUAGUUGCAAAUAGGAAAACAUGCCGCGUUGCUCUUGGUCAGAACACUAACCCCUUUUGCCAUGUUGCAGAUGAAUUUCGGUGCAUCGUCUUUGUAGACGAAUCUGCAUUGAACAGAAGUGACCCUCCCUUCCUUAACAGAUUCGAAAAGCAAAUGUUAAGUGCAUCAAACGUUCUGGACAAAAAGCAAAACAGUGUAUUCCAAAACGCGAAAGGCUUUUUCCAACAAAUUCGCAACUACAAGGGGACCUGCACCGUUGGCAGGAAUUGGUUCAACAUUUUGUAUAUGAAGCUGAAAGCAUAUCUGAACAACCAAGAACUCUACCUCCUCUCCAGCUGUGCUUAG